AUGGCUCUCUUCUUUCUAAAUGGAAAUAAGCCUGAACAAUCUGAGAGCGUUCUUAUUGAGGCACCACGAACCAUGACGAAUACCAUCACUGACAGCGAUGGAAACGAGGCUUACCGAGCCUUCAUGAACAAGUUAGCUCAGUGCAAUGUUGAUCAAUAUGUUGACUUGCCCAUGAUUGCCGUCAUGGGAGAUACGAGCAGUGGAAAAUCCAGUCUCCUUUCCAUGAUCUCCCUGGUGGAGCUUCCUAGCAACGACAAGUUGACCACUCGGUGCCCCAUCCGACUUCAGAUGCGCAAAUCGGAAUCCAAAUCAGCAACCGUCAAGGUAAUUUGGAAAGAUUCUCCCGAAGGAUUUGAUUACAACUUUAUUCCGAAGGAAGUGACAGAGGCUAAUUGGGAUGACCUGACAGGAUACAUCUCAGAGGCUCAAACCCACAUUGUUGAGAAACAGAACAAGGAGGUUGCUCGCGACGUUGUGAGUGUGGAGAUGACUGGUCCGCAUUGCGAGAACCUCACGUUGAUUGAUCUCCCAGGUAUCGUCCGAUCUCAUGGAAAGGAUGAGAGUGCCAGCCUCUCGGAAGACAUUCAGGCAUUAAUGUCCGACUACCUGACGAACCAGCGGUGCGUGAUCCUCGCUGUGCUGCCAGCCAACGUCGAUUUUCACAACUCGCAGAUCAUGGCAGAAGCUUUAAAGGUGGAUCCUGGCACAAAGCGCACUAUACCGGUACUGACAAAACCUGACUUGAUUGAUUCCGGAGCUGAAAGUAGUGUGAAGGAGCUUCUUCUCGGCGAGAAGACCCAACACUUCGAAAUGGGAUUUCACAUGGUGAAAGGUCGAGGUCAAGAAGCACUGAAUAAGAAGACAACGAUCGAAGAAGGAUUGACUCAAGAAGCGACCUUCUUUUACAACACGGAACCAUGGCGUGGGGUUGAGGACAAGAGCUUGUUUGGUACAAAGAAUCUACGUAUGAAGCUCGGGGAACUUCAGAUGAAGCUUAUCCGUCUUUCCUUUCAAAAUAUCGUAUCAGAAAUGAAAGAGAAGCGUGAGUCGGCGUUCUCCUCUCGACAACAACUUGGUGAGAUUCCUUCCGAGUUCAUUGAGAAAAGGGCAUUGUUCCGCAAGGUCGCGGACGAUAUUUGCAGAUCCAUCAGACCAUUGAUAUUUGGUGGUCAUCUCAUUGGAAAAAGCAAGAUGUUCAAAAGGAAGCCCUCGGCAGAGUUUCAUGUGGCAUCAAAACGCUUCAAGGACACUCUUAGCAAAAGUCGCUUGGCAAAUAUAUCCAAGAUCGCUGUUGGAGUUGACGCGAUUGCAUUUGUUAACUCAAACGAGGUCAAGGAUACUGUGCGAUACGUGAAAGGCAAUGACGUCUAUUUUAAGAGCAUUAGGCAGAAUAAGCUACAUAUUUUACUUUCUGGCCGCACAGCUGACGAUGUCUACGAGGACGGAAACCAUGUGAAGAUUGUCGACAAUAACAAUUAUGCUUACAUCAUGAAACCAGUUCCAAUGGAAUCAGUCCGCCGAGAUCCAGAAUGGAUUCGGAAAUUGAUUGAAGAGAACCGUCCAUAUGACCUUCCAAUUUUUAUCAACACGGAGGUCUUCAAAGGUAUUGUGGUUGAUUUAAUUGAUGAGGAUUGGCGGCUUCCCGCUGAAGAACUGUUGACUUAUACGGCUGGCUUGUUGGAAACUGCGACUUGUAAGUACAUCAAAAGCAUUCGUGAGAUCGAAUCGUUGGUCCAGUUUCGAGAGUUCUUAUUAUUCAAGUCUACCGAGCUGGUGGGGACUUUGAUGAAGGAAUCCAAGGUCCAAGUGUCACAGUUUAUCGAUCGGGAACAGGUUCCUUACAGCCAAAAUCAUUAUCUCUUUGAGAAUCUAUCCAAUCUUCGAUCUCAGCGAUUAAUGAAAGAACUCCUGUCUUUGAUUGGCACGGGUGGUCAAGACAAAACAAUGGAAAAAGGAGCAGUUGUCUCGGCCGUCAAUCUUGUGUUUGAGCGGAACCAAGCGAGAUCGAUGGACGAUCACAUGGCCGAAGAGAUGCAGCAUGCAUUGAAUGCCUACGGCAAGGUCGCCGAGAAGCGUUUUAUUGACACAGUUCCAAUGAUCUGCAUUGAAGUGAUGGAAAAGUAUGAUCGUCGGCUGAAUGAUAUUUUGUCCAAUGAUGUGAUUGACUCGGAGAUUGAUCGCUUGGUCGUGGCCCCGCCCGAACAGCAGCGCGCCAUGGAGAAGUACGACAAAGAGAUUGCGACGUUGGAUGCUGGGAUUGCUGCCCUCAAAAGGUUGUUCUGA